AUGGCAAAAAGAAAAACAAUUGGUAAAGUUACACAACCGAAGUUUGAUAAAGGAAGCACAAUUAGAGGAAGCACUUAUAAUGGAAAAGAUAAAGCGGGAAAAAAGGAAAAUCCAAAUUUAACAAACAAUUCAGGAGACCACAGAAAAGAUAAAAAUUCAAAUAAAGGGAAUCAUGGAACAAAUAAUAAUAAUACUCCUAAAGUAUGCUCUAUUGAAGAAGAAAAUAAAAAUGAAUAUUUUAUCUUUGAAAAGUUAACAGUUAAUGAAAAUAUUAAAAAUAAUAUGCAUCAUUAUACAUGGUUUUAUUAUUUUGAAAAUAUUAAGCUAAUGUUAGAUUAUUUUCAAAAUUAUAUUUUGAAUUACUCUUAUUACUUACUCAAUAGUACUACUAUAAUUAAUAAUAUACAUAUGUAUAAUAAACGUAAUGUAUUGCUAACAAAUCAAUCAUGCUUAAAUAAUGUAAACACUGAUGGAAACGAAUUCAAAUUAAAUUUUAACAAUAGUUUAUUUAAAUAUAUAGAAAAAAUUACAGUAAAUAAAAAUGAAUUCAUUGCGGAUAAUAAAUUAGAUCAACGAGAAAAAAAUAUUAUUAAUUUUAUAAAAAAACAAAAUAUUAAAAGUAUGAUGUAUAUUAACGAUAUUUUUGAUUCACGAUAUUUUUCAAUUCUAUUUUUAAUUUAUUCCAAUAAUGAAAAUGAUAUAUUUCAUACUACGAAUGGUUCACAAUCUUCAGUAGACCAAUUUACAAAUCAAGCUAAUCAACAAUCCCAUAUUAAUGAAUUGGGUGCGGAAAAAGGAUAUGAUAUUAUCCUUUUAAGAUAUUCUCUUGAAAUUAUGUAUUUUUAUAAAAAUUCGAAUAGACAUAAUAAUUCUGAUAACCAAACAUUUUCAUUCAAUAAAACAUAUAAUAAUUUACAAGAACCAGAAUAUAUUCAAAUCAAAAAUAAAAACAAAUAUAAAAAUAACUUUAAUUAUACACAAAAUCAAACACAAAAAAAAAGUAAUAUUAAAAAAAAAUUUAUAAUAGAUAAAAGUAAAUAUCAUACAGUCAUUAAUUGGAGAACUUAUUUAAAUGAUUAUAAUUCAUUAAAAGAAACUGUGGUUUUAGAUGCAUUAAAUGUUUGUUCAGGAAUGGAUGGAUACAUAGACGAUAAAAAUUUUAAUUUCGACGUUAUGCGAAAUGAUCAAUAUUCUUAUCUAAUUCAAUAUAAAACAGAAUUAUCAAUUUUCAAGCUAAUAUAUGCCGUUACGUCCUUAUUGCAGAAGAAGAUAAAACCAAUAAUAUAUAUUCCCCACUGGUGGUACUAUGACAUACCGUUUUGUGAAGAUAACAUUACUGAAGAAGUAGAAUUUCAAUUAUACAUUUUCAAUGAAUUGAAUAAGGACGGGUUGCUAAAAGUUGGUGAUAAAAAGGUUAAUUUAAUGAUGCUAACAAUGGAUGAAAAAGAUGUCGAUAUUCUUAUUGACCUAGCUAUGCAAAAUAAUGCAAUAUUAUGUACAAAUAAUAACGAUAUUAUAAAAUAUUACCUUAAUGUUAAUGAAAAUGCCAAAGUUUCCAAGUUCAUUUCAAAAGGAACCUUUUUCGUACUAACAAAUUUUCUUUAA